AUGGCAGACGAAAAGCCUAAGGAAGGAAUUAAUACUGAGACCAACAAUCACGUUAACUCGAAGGUGGUAGGACAGGAUGGUUUUGUGGUGCAUUUUAAGAUUAAGAGGCAUACACCACUUAGUAAACUAAUGAAAGCCUAUUGUGAACGACAGGGUUUGUUAAUGAGGCAGAUCGGAUUCCGAUUUGAUGAGCAGCCAAUCAAUGAAACAGACACACCUGCACAGUUAGAAAUGGAGGAUGAAGUUACAACCGAUGUGUUCCAACAGCAGACAGGAGGUGUCCACUAA